ACCAAAUGCUACCAAACGUACAUGGCCAGCUUCAACGUUCGUAUGACGGAUACCAUACCUGAAUACUGGGUUUUCCGUAACGCACGCUCUGCACUAUUCAAGAAAAACGGACAAUACGAAGAAAGUCUUAACUGCCAAUUCACCAAUACUCUCUUGAACUGCCUUGAUAGUAACUUUGAAUGCAUGGGACAAAACACUUAUAUCGCUUUCGGAGCUUCUAAUAGCACA